AUGAGUCGUGUUCAUGAGGCGGAGCCCGGUCAAAUUCUCACAUCUGGCUCCGAUGCAGGGACUCUUCCGCCUCUGUGCGACAUCUUCGUCAUCGAGGAGGGCGCCGCUGACCAGUCCCAGGUUUUGGACGCCCUCUCCACGACCCCCGACCCCGAGGUCGGUGCAGAUAUAAUCUUGAGGUGCAUAGAGAAAGCCGUUGUCGGAGGAGGUCCUCCAAGGCUGGAAGCUCUGGUCGAGCAACUUGCACACCACCUGCUCGUCUCUCCCGUCGAGGUGGUCCCUGAAGCGGUGAGGUUGUACCUCGUGGAUCUUUCCCCAGAAGAGCUGCCCAAGUAUGUGGAGGAACAUCUUGGUUGGGCAUGCAAUCGGGCCGCGGUCGGCCUAUUGCCGACUGAGACCUCACAAAAACUUCUCGACCUCCUCCCCCCCAUG